GUCUGUCCCUUUAAACUAGCUUUUAGCGCUAUCUGCAAUCUUCAGUGUUAAUUUUUUUUAGUCUAAAGUCAAAUUUGAUUUGAAUUUGACAACAUACACACAACAGUUGAAAGCAGUUGAAGGAUUGGUUGUGAAUGAUAAUUGAUUUUCAAUUUCCCAAUUUCCUUUUUUAAACCACUUUAACACUUUAUUUCUUUUCACAACUCACUUCGUCUGUUCACUUCUCAUGUUCUUCAUUCAAACCUCUCAACCAUUUCAAUCACACUCACAAUCACAACCAUCACAACACCCACACCCACACCUAUCUUCAACUCAAACCAUUCAUCAAGACAACGAUGAUCCACGACUUACAAUACCCAAUCAACUUUUCAAGAAUUUAGUCAAUCCAUUCAAAUUCACCAAAUCGAACCCAAUCUAUAUCAUCGCGCUCUUUUAUCUGUUCACGAUUCAAUCUGUCGACGCUUUUUCACUUGAGUAUCAACAACUUUAUACACGUCAAGUCUCAAAUUCAUCAUCAUCUAAUCAAUAUUCACAUCAUGGAAUCGGUUUUGACAUUCAAGCUGUGCUCAUACCUAUUCUCGUGUGUUUAUCUGGUGUCUUUGCAGGACUCACACUUGGAUACAUGAGUUUAGAUUCAACUCAACUUUGUGUCCUAGCCAAGAGUGGUACACCAGACCAACAAAGGCUUGCAAAAAAGAUUGCACCUUUAAGAAAAGAUGGCCAUUUACUUUUGAUCACGUUAUUAAUUGCGAAUAUGGUUGCAAAUGAAACAUUACCGGUUGUAUCAGAUAACGUUUUAGGUGGUGGUAUCCAAGCUGUGGUCGUUUCAACUGUAUUGGUUAUUAUCUUUAGUGAAAUCAUACCACAGAGUGUUUGUUCAACUUAUGGACUUCAGAUAGGUGCCGCAUGCGCCAAACCGGUUCAAUUAUUAGUUUAUUUACUUUACCCAAUUUGUUGGCCCAUCGCUUGGCUCUUAACCAAGAUUUUAGGACCUCAUUCGGGAGUCAUCUAUCGUCGAGCUGAAUUGAAAGAAUUGGUUAACUUACACGCGAGUCAAGGUCAUCAUGGUGGUGAUCUAAAUCAAGAUGUAGUGACCAUCGUCGGUGCAGCCAUUGACUUACAAGAACGGGUUGUGAGAGAUUCAAUGACAGCUUUGGAUCAUUGUUUUAUGCUCAACGUUGAUACUCAAUUGGAUUACGAGACUUUGGUGGCUGUACUUGAAAGUGGCCAUUCUCGAAUCCCGGUCUAUGAAGACACACUUGAUCAAAAUGGUGUCACUAGACGUAAGAUUUUAGGUGCAUUGCUCACAAAACAACUCAUCUUGAUUGAUCCAGAAGAUGGAGUUCCUCUCAGGGACUUCCCACUCAAUCCACUUCCUGUUGUUGCCGAUAACAUGCCACUUCUCAACAUCUUGAAUUCUUUCCAGGAAGGUCGCAGUCAUUUGGCCAUUGUUUGUCCCCGUCAAGCCAAGGUUGCUUUUGCACCACUUCCGGCCACCACGCCAAUGAAUGAAUCUAACAUUGAACCAACAAAUGACUCAAAUAUUGACAUCAAAUCCGAGGCAGAUCCUACUGAGAAGAAGUCUUUCUUUAGAUUCUUUCAACGUAAGACUAAGAAAUCACCAGAACAUGAAUUCAAAGUUGAAGAACCACUGAGCAAUACAAUGAGUGAGAAGAACACCUCAACCACUCAAGUCAAUCAUCCCUCAUUCUGGCCCUUGUUGACCGAUCAACCUGUGGGGAUCAUCACACUGGAAGACGUUUUGGAAGAAUUACUUGGAGAACAGAUUUAUGAUGAAACGGAUCAUGACGAACGCGGUAACAUGGCUGUACAUCCAUAUGUACCACCGGAAGCAGCCGAAGCCAUGCGAAAAUCAAGCUCUCGUACCGAGUUACCUCCAAUUCCUAUCAAGAACAAACGAUGGAGCUUGAGUACCUUUCGUUCCUCCUCGAUGACAAAAUCUCGCAACCAGCAACCUAAACAAUCGAUUGAAGAUGAGCUUCUACAUGGUAAUUAUGAAGAAGUUGCAACACCUACUGACGAUGAGCAUAACCCCGCGAUGGAUAUGACACAUGACAUCAAGGACAAGAACUGCGACAAACCGCUCGUUAGUCAUCAUGAACAUGUUGACCUUCGUCAAACCAACAGCGCCUGUCCACCUUCCAUCAUUAGCACAACUAGUCACGCUUUUCCACAAUCAAUCAGCAGUCUCUAUCCUCCGACCAAUAGUAUCGGCCCCAAGAUCGACUUGGGAAUCCAACCUAGAUCAAUGAAGUCAUCUGUGAAUGGAGGAGGUACUAACACUACCUUUUCAGAUGCGAUCAGUUUGGAAAGAGGCAGAAGAGCAGUUGCAGUCGCUAGAGGAGCUGUACCUGGCAUCCUAAGCCAUCCUCCCAAUACGCGAACCGGAUCAUUCAAAGGCCCUGCUAGUUCUUCUUUACUCAAAGUUUCUAAACGGAUCAGUAAAGAGAAAGAAAGUAGACUUGAUGAUAAAGAGGACGGUAAAGAGGAUCAGAAAGAGGACGGUAAAGAAGAGGAUGAUGGUAAAGAAGAGGGUAAAGAAGCUCGUGAUGGUCAAGAAUCGAUUUUGAAAAAUGAAAACCAAGAUUCAAAUCAAGAACCGAAAUGAAAUGGAAUGAAUUGAGUAAUGAACGAAGACUGAAUAGUUUUUUUGAUUUUGAUGACUAUUUUCUUUUCAAGCUUGAUGUGAACACACCCACACACACACCUACACACUCCAAUGAUCAAAUCUCUUUCCUUUAAAUUGUAUUACUGAAAAAGAUUUCAACUCUUCUUCAAGCUACACCAUCCAGUCUCAGACACACACACAAAAAAAACACAAAAAACACACAAAAAAAAUAUUCAAACAAAUAAAGUCUAUUCAAGAGUUUGGUUUGGUUUGAUUUCUGUCCUUUUUGUAAAUUUAGAUCUGUAUUACAUACUUUGAUAUAACUAUCUGACUCUUUUUUUUGUACUAAGAACAUCCUCUUUUUUAUAGUUUUGAUUUCUUUUAUCCUGAGAGACAUUGAUUUAUGAUUGAAAUUAUAAAUUUAAAGCGUCCUUGAUAA